GGAGGAGGGGUCCUGACCCCCAGCCCUGCUUUUCAGGGACCAGCUCUGAGGCCUGAGAGGGAGGGGGAGUGGGUCAGGGGGUCUAGUUGCCAUGGUAACGGGUCUGUUUGGCAAAUGAACUGUCUGUGCCGAGACUGGAGCCUGGGGUCCUUCUAUAAUAGAAGGAGGGACAAGGGCUGAUGGGGGCAGAUGCCAAACAGGCCAGAGGCCCAGAGGGUUGGUUCAGGCAGCUGGCUCAGCAGAGGCCUCUGAGGUGAGAGGCGUGGCCUCUGCCAAGGCUUGGGCUCAGGUGGGAGGGGCAGCCAUGGGCCCAGGAUUCAGGGUGGCCCCGUGGCACACUGUAAGGGAGUGGCCUGGCACCAUUGUGACCCGCUCACUCCCAGGACCCUGAGGGACAGUCAGGCAGCCAGUGGACACUGUGGGCACAGUGGGCUGGGGGCCUAAGGGCCCUGGUGGCCCUAGGGACCCCAUGGCUAUGGCAGAGCGGCCGAGGCCCGAGUGGGCCUCAUACCACGACUGCAACACCAACAGCUGCCAGGACUUGGGCAACUCUGUCCUGCUGCUGCUGGGCCUCAUCAUCUGCAUUAACAUUGGCAUCAAUAUGGUGACCCUGGUCAGGGUGGGGCCUGGCAGGAAGGAACUGGUGGGAUAUGAGGGCUGGGCCUAGUGGCCAGGGCCUGCGCAGGAUCACUGUGUCUCCCCCAUCUAGCUCUGGAGCCGACUCCGUGGGGUCUUACACCAAGCGUUCCACGAUAUCGUUUGUGAGAAAGAAGCUCCUAAGUCAUCCUUACCGGAAAAGCAGUCCCAGCCCUGGAAGAAGCAGAGUUCCCAUGCAGUCCAUCUUCGGUGCACCACGGACCCUGUGACGAUGACUGUGACCCCACCCCCCACUCGCCGCCGGCGCCGUCGAGGCUCUCCCACACGUUGCACUCACCGCCCAGUAACUUGGGCUCCUGACACUGACGAUGAGAAGCCCCAACAUCAGUACCCAGCCAUCUGCUGCCACCACUGGGAUGGCCCCGAGAACUGGGAAGGCUUCCAACCCACUCAGGGGACCUGGGUUCCCUGGACUCGGGAUGCCCCGGAGCCCCCUCCCCAGACCAUCCACUUCCAGCCUACCAUAGAGGAAAGGCCCCUCAAAACAGACAUGAGGUCCGAGCUGAGUCUAAGGGCCUAUGUGUAUCCUGUGAACCCCCCACCUCCCAGCGCCGAGGCUCCUAGCAACAAGAACAGUGGGGAGGGGGCGGUGCUGGAGGCAGAGGCGGCUCAGUGCCAGCCUGUCCACCCUCCCACCCUGGGCCCAGCAGUGGUCCCUGAAUUUUUCCGGCGCCGCUCCUCAGGCCGAAUAGUGUAUGAUGCCCGGGACGUGAGGCGGCGGCUUCGGGAACUGACCCAGGAGGUGGAGGCCCUGUCCCGCUGCUACCCAAUGCCCUCUGGAUCCAGCACUGCCGAGGCGACAAGCAAGAAUUGGGUGUACCGUUCCCUGACUGAGAGGUGACUGGGAAAAAAUAAAAAGGAGGAGGUGA